UUCGCUCGACAUCAAAUCUAUAUGCCAAAGCCAACUGAUGCCCAUUUCUCUUCCACACAGAAGCUCCCAGCAUCCCACAAAAUCUUCCUGAGGACACAAGACCAGCCGCGGAAACAAAACCAAACCAUCAAAUGGCAGCAACCGUAGCUACAACGGCCAUGCUCAAUGCAAAAUGUCUGAGCAUCAGCUCAACCAAAAUGAUCAACCCCACAAAGCCAUCCGCCAAACCCAUCUCCCUUCUCUCCAUGCAGAACCUCCCCAAAGGCCUCACCAUCUCAAAACCAGCCGACAACUCCAACCUCCCUUCUUCACUAGCGGGAACCACCAUUGCUGGAGCUAUCUUUUCGACCUUGAGCUCAUGUGAUCCUGCCUUUGCUGCUCAACAGAUUGCUGACAUAGCUGAAGGAGAUAACCGUGGGUUAGCUCUGUUGCUUCCCAUAAUCCCAGCCAUAGCGUGGGUGCUCUUCAACAUCCUCCGGCCAGCACUUAAUCAGCUGGACAGAAUGAGGAGCACCAAGGGGGUGAUCAUAGGUCUAGGUCUUGGAGGAUUGGCUGCAUCUGGGUUCAUGUCAACACCGGAUGCAUCAGCCAGUGAGAUCGCCACGAUUGCUGAUGCUGCAUCUAGUGACAACCGGGGUACCCUUCUUCUGUUUGUUGUAGCUCCAGCUCUUCUUUGGGUGGCCUACAACAUUCUGCAACCGGCUUUGAACCAACUUAACAGGAUGAGGUCUCAGUGAGAUAUGGAUUUUGUUUGGGGUGUGAUGGCAUGUAAAUUACCUGUAAUUGCACCUAAUGUCAAUGAAACUUUCUCUCUUACUUAAAACAAAUUUUCUUUUUCCCUGGCUUGAGGUGUGAGUCUGAAAAAACUUAUCCAUGUACAUGAGAAUCCCUCGUCUAAUUCCAAUAGUACUUAAAUGUAGUAGUAAUCUCUUUGUACUUCCUUAAGGGUCUUAUUUCAAUAUAUAUAUCCCUCCAUGUUAAUAUUCCAUGAAAGAAUGA